UGAUAAACUGAUAAUAUUCUUUGAUACAUAAAAUUAAAAUCUUGUCUCUUCUUAUCUUCUCGCUGAAAUCGCAGCUUGUUUAACUGUCGUGAUUAUUUAUCUUGGUCGCGAUAAUAGUAAGAGGAAAGAAUGCGAGAAAGAGUGAUUAAAAUGUUAAGAGGCACUCAAGUUUCUACGUAAACCUCUCUUUUGUGAGCAGUUCCAGAAACUAAUGAAGACAGCCAGGAAACUUCAAGCUUCUUGAAGGCAGCUCAGUUUGAAAGACGAGCUCUCUCAGCUUGUGAAGAUAGUUUUUGUUUUUCCAAAGAAGUGGUUCACUUUACUGUUGAUGAGACCAACAUAGUUCAAGAGUCUUGAGGUUUUCUUCCUGGGAAAAAGUACAAGAUACUUUGGAAAAGAGCAAUGUGAAUUUAGGCUCCUCAAAAUACUUUGAAAGAGAUGGGUUUUGUUCGAGUAGCCAAGAUCUCAAGAAACUCUUUUCUUUUUUGGUAAACAAGAUCUCAAGAAACUCUUUUCUUUUUUGGUAAACAAGAUAUCAAGAAAUUUAUCUUGUGUGUUGUCUGUUUUGAAAGUAAUAUAUAGUUUAGGGGUUACAAGAAAGUCGUUCUUUUCCAAGCACGGUAAUUAAAAAGGAGGUUUGGCAACACACAUAGGAGACCUAGUGAGCUGGCUAUCGGCUGGCCAAAAUCUAGGCUCCAGUACUGGGGGUGGUGGCUUCCGAACCUUCUCGCGCAACGAGAUAUUAACCCAAUUGGCGCAAAAUCAGCCGUUCUCUAUUCGAUAGUUAUUAAUAAAUUGCAAGCUAUAUGUUAUUCCGUUCUAAAAUUAUAGAUUCCAUAUUACGAUAAAUCCGCCGCCAAAUGGUUUAUACUUUAUAGUAAAGUUAUAAUGAAUUUUGAUCAAUAUGUGGCUAAAUUCCCCUAAAUAACGCUAAAUCGUAAAUGUGGUAGGGGACUUCGUCAAAUAUGAAACGUGCAUAUCACAUAUGGCAAGCAGCUGACUCAUGUAACGUGGGCUCUUAUCUCUUCUGGCCUGCACUUCCUCGAAAGCAUCCGCCGCCACCUUUUUCCUACGCGUUCUACAAUUCUAUCCUAUACUUAUCUGCCACAUCAUAUGUAUCUUUCUUUCUGUUAAAUACGCGCGUGACCACUAAAGCCAAAACCUCUUCUCUUUCUCUAACUCUCUUUCCUCGUUAUAACCAAGCAAAAGAAACUCAAUCUUCAAUCCAAGAAAAACCCUCAUGGAGGUACCGGUGAUUAACAGAAUUAGCGACUUUGACGUGAAGAUAAACUCGAUGAACGACCCGUCGUUAUUACCUCGACCGUUUGCCGUCUCCGGCGUUGGAAAGUUACAUCAUGCUUAUUGUUUCUUGAAAUUGGGCGCUUUAUUGCUACUUUCAUUUUUCGCUUCAUUCACCAUUACUAGAAUCAAAAGGUUAGUCCUUAGGUUAAGAAAUGUAGACGCGUCUCUACCUUCCCAAUUUCUUCUCUAUGAUUACGACAGCGACUCCGACUCAUCUUAUUCCUUAGACUCCUCAGACGAUGAAGAAGACGAUGAUGACAAAGAAGACGACUCGGUCAAUGGAGAUUCACGCGUUAAAAGAUUUAGUUAUUACGAGGACAAUGACGACAAGGGUAUAGAUGGAAAUGUACCAUGGCUGCGUCGGUGCAGUGGUAGCUUCGGCGACUUGUUGUCGUGGCCUGAUCUUGGUGGGUUCAGCUCAAGUGGAGUCGUAAAGCUAUGGGACAAUCUUGAUCUAAAAGGAAGUCAUGAUGCUGUGGCUUCUUUCUUCAACAAGUACGGAGUUUCCUCGUCCUUGUCUCCGGCGGUUUUAUUAGCCGCGGAGAAGAAAGGCUCCGACGCCGUGGAAGUGAGUGCGUGGGAUGCACGCGAAGGUUUCAGAAUGCCUACUUUGCUCGCGGAAUGGAGACAGCCGGGGAGGUUGCUAGGGAAGAUCGUAAGGGUUAACGCCGGUGGCGUUGACAAGAUCUACGUUGAGGAUGACGCCAACGGGGAGAUAACGGUUGGAGACAUGAGGAUGGUUAACGGUGCGAUGACGGAACUGACUGAGUCAGACGUUGUUACAAUGGUGAGACGCCGUCGGUGAAGCUGAUGAUUCUCUUUGGGAGUUGUAUUAAUGACAAAUGAUUGGUACGGUCCGGUCUAGUAUAAACCAAAUUAAGAUUCAAAGUAAACUGUAAAUGACCUCAAGAUUUUUUUGUAAAUAUUUUGCUAUCAUGUAUGUAGAUUUUAUUUCAAUAAUGUUAUUUUAGUGUAAAAAGUACUCUCUCUUUCUAAUAGAUUUAUAUUCUA